GACAAAAACUAUUAAUACAACAGAACACAGAUUUCAACAGAUUCGGCCAAACGGACAAUGCAUACUUUAGAGGCGGUUAGAACCCCGUGAUCUUUUGUUUACAAAUAUGUACAGUUAUCGCACCUGGAAUUCAGCGGCUAACAAUUUCUUCGUUUGUUAAACGAAGUGCAGGUCUUUAAACCUUUCUGCUGUUUUGAUAAUAACAAAAACAGUUGGAAUUCCGGCCGUCCAAUUGGGAGCAAGCGGGAACUCUGUUGCUGGGCGGAUCAAGGCGAGGGAUGUUGACCACACAGCCGGUUGCCAGGCAACAGGUGGGCGUGUGCCGUGGGUAUUGCAAGCCCCGAGUCUUAGCCCCACCGGGCAACAAGACAGGGAGAGGGGGAGGGAGAGAACGAUGGGCGGUCAUUUAACCGGGAAAAGCGGCAUCCGGCAGCGCCAGGACAACGUGGGAAAAGUCGUGGCGAAAUUCCAGGAGGAUGGGCCAAGCAGGCGAGGCUGCAGUCGGCGGUAACGCCAGGCCCGGCUCAGAAUGAGGGCUGUGCUGCUCAGUCCCUCAGCUCUGCAGCUAUGGUUGCAAACGCGACGGGCGAAGAAGCUCCGCUGCAAGCGGCGCCGAGCCCCAGCAAAAGAAAACGCUGGGCCGCCGCCGUCAACGAGGAUGUCACUCCCGAAGACAGGGCUGAGGGCGUCCCAGACAGCGCGGGCAUCCGAGCGCCGCUGAAAAGACUCAAGUGCCCGAGGUACCGAAACUGGAGCUCGGGGUCGAGCGGCCGCUGUGCGCUGGAGCCGUCACUUUGUUGCCGCCCUGCGGACGCGGACACUGACAGUCCCGCCCUUCCAACCAGCUACUCCCCUCUCCGGCUGACAGCUCACCUCGAUUUACAGUUUCUCAGGGAAUACGGACAGAAAUGCUACCAUCUUAAUCGGGAAUCUGAGAAGAAAUUUCAUCCUCGGAACUGCCUGGCUCGUCAGCCCCAGAUAACUGCAGAAGACAGAUGUAAACUGGUUAGCUGGCUGAUUGCGGUUCACAAACACUUUAACUUUUCCUUCGAAUCGAUGUGCCUCACUGUCAACAUUAUGGACCGUUUCCUUCAAACGACCCCCGUGGCUUCAGAUUGUUUCCAGCUUGUCGGAGUAACGUCGCUUCUCCUCGCAUGCAAACAAGUUGAAGUUUACCCUCCCAGAAUUAAACAACUCCUUUCUCUCUGCUGUGACGCCUUUACAGGGGACCAGCUCCGGAACCUGGAGUGUAUCAUUCUCAUCAAACUGAACUUCAAGCUGUUAACGCCGAGCGUGGACUUCUUCUUAGAGCAUUUCACCAUCACCAGGAUAGAGCAUCACCACCCGCGCAGCCAGGCUGCCAGCUCUGAACGCCUGGCCAGGCGCCUUAUCGAGCUCAGCUUCGCCGACUACUCUUUCAAUGGAUACCCGCCCUCCCUGCUGGCCAUUUCUGCCCUCAUCCUGGCCGAUCGGAUGUUACAUCCAAGGGAAGGUCCCAGCUUGGAGCUCAGUGGUUACCCACCCUGUUUGCUGGAGGACUGUGUGCAGAGACUGAAGUUGCUGUUAGCUUUGAACGAAGAGUCACUGGCUCCCUUGCAGGGCUUUGAGCCAUCAGACAGAGGCUCAGCUCUGAAUUUUGACCGUGUUCCCAGCUCCUCACAUUGAGGUCACCUCUGUUUCCAUGCAGCAUUGCAUCAACGUUAGACAAAAUCAAACAAAAUUACCAGAAUCGACUACAUGUAGGUGAAGAAAACAACUGGAAAUCAAUGUGGCUGUUAGUUUAUAUUUACAGAAUAGAGUUUUAGUUUAGGUGAAACUUGUGGUAAAGUCAGAUUAUUCACUGCAUGCACAUGGGAGUGAUACAAAUAUGUCAUUAAUACGGGAUAAUAGGGGAGAUAACUGAAGUUUGAAAACUUGAUGAAAACAAUAUUUUUAUUGUGAACAAAUGAAACAUAUCCGACCUCAGCUGUGCAGUUUACUGAGGAAGAAUAGUACUGUAAUCUGUAAAUAGUAUUGUAUGUAUUUCAUAUUUUACAAAGGCACGAUGGAUUUAUGUGACUAAACUAUUUAUUUAGUGUUGUAGCCUGGAUUUCUUUUCCUGUCUAAUAAAUAGCUUUUUAAACAAA